AUGCCUCAACAAAAUUUGGUCACAGCUCGUAUCAUUUUUGUUACUUGUCCGGGUGAAACUGCAAAAAAAUUAGCUAGAGGUCUAAUUGAGAAAAAACUUGCCGCUUCCGUCAACAUUAUUCAUGGGUUAACCUCGCUUUAUUGGUGGGAUGCAAAAAUUGAGGAGGCUACGGAACAGAUGCUUCUCAUAAAAACUGAAGAGAAACACGUUCAAGAACUUAUAGAAUAUGUUGAAAAAAAUCACGUAUAUCAAGUUCCCGGAGUCAUCUCUAUUAAGAUUGAUGAAGGAAGUACGAAGUAUCUUGAUUGGAUUAAAGAGAGCACAGAGGCUUAA